AUGGCAGAUGUUCCUCAGGCAGGUAUCCCAGCCUUCUCUUCAUGGCUCAUUCAGAUUUCAGAUGCUUUCUCCAAUGGCUUCCGCCGCCUCGGCCAAAACGGAGCUGUUGACUCUGAGGUCUCAGUAAAAGAUGAGAGUUCAGAGGUGGAGCAGAACUUGAGGGUUGUUCAUGGAUCUGGAGUGGAUCCACAGGAGAAGCUGGCGUUGCGAGGUCAGGGCAGCAGGUUUGAUUAUGCCCCCUCUGCCGAACGCCUGACUCCCAUCAGUGAAGAGACAGAUGAGCUGGAGAGCAGAAGGAGUCUCCUGGCUUCACGCUGCUCUGAUGCUGUGAAUAGUUACGGCGAUGAUGGAGAGAUUUCCAGCUCGUCAGACAGCGAUGGUGAGUUAGCAAAGCAGUUUGAGAUCUCGGUUUCCCGCUCACAAAGCUUCUGUUUGGGUGUUACGGAGCUCAACACCCAGAAUGCACCAGGGCAACAUCACAAAUUUAAACGGCUGCUCUCUGACAAGGAAGAAGGAAGCACAGAGCCAUCUGACUGUGAAGAAGCUGAGAGAAACAGUGUGCAGAGUUUUGAGGAUCCCCUCUCGUCCAGGCGACGUGUGAGGUCUGAGCCGAGAGACCCGUUAUCACAGAGUCCUCUUCCUGAGGGCCAGACCCUCACAGACCCUCUCCCUCUGAUGGCGGAGCAGAUCUCUGUGGGCUCCCAGGACACAGGGGACAGUCUGGAGGCUCUACCCAGGGACGAGGGCAGUCGCCUGAGCAGUGUGGGGUGGCAAAACCCACAAAGGAGUCUGGCAGUCGACAAUCAUGGAUAUGACAACAAUGAGGCUACGGAUAGUAUCUCCACAUGGAGCUCUGAGCGUGAACAAUCUCCAUCCCACCCUUUGAGUGCUUCCCCUCGUGGACAUAUCUCAAAAUGUGGUGAUCUCAUAAUUGCCCUCGACUACCGGGCUGAAACCCACAGGUUGCUGGUCACAGUGAUAAUGGCCCAAGGUAUUCCAGACAAGGCACGGAGUGGCAUGGACUCCCGGCAGGUGCAUGUGGUGCUGUUACCCGGUAAACGACAGCGGCACAAGACGGCCGUUCAGAAAGGCUCCAUGCCUAGGUUUGAGGAGACAUUCCGGUUCUCACAUCUAGAGCCGGGGGAUCUGGGUUCCUCUGCGCUGCGGUUCCGCCUGUAUGCGAUGGGCAAGAUGAACAGGGAGAGGAUGAUGGGAGAAGCCAUGUACAAGCUGAGCAGACUGAAACACUCAGGACACUUCCAGAUCACACUGGUCCUGGAGCCACGUAGUAAUCUCAAGACAGUAGACUCCCAGGUGUCUUUCAGCGCUCAGAGUGACAGUGCUUCCUCCAGUCAUUCUGUGUCUCAUGGUGGAAACCCAGAACUACUGCUGGGUUUAUCAUAUAAUGCCACCACAGGACGACUGUCUGUAGAGAUCAUUAAAGGCAGCCACUUCCGUAACUUCGCUCUCAACAGACCUCCAGAUACAUUUGGUAAGCUUGCUCUGUUAAACUCCAUGGGACAGGAGAUAUCCCGCUGUAAGACGUCCAUCCGUCGCAGUCAGCCGAAUCCUGUCUUCGAGGAGACAUUUGUCUUCCAGGUCGCACUGUUCCAACUGUCAGACGUCACAUUAAUGGUCUCCAUUUACAAUCGGCGGAACAUGAAACGCAAGGAGAUGAUUGGCUGGGUGGCUCUGGGCCAGAACAGCAGCGGUGAGGAGGAACUUCUUCACUGGCAGGACAUGAAGGAGAGCGGAAACCAACAAGUCUGCCGCUGGCACACACUACUGGAAGCUUAGAGGAGAGAGAGGUAGAAGUCUAAUCACUCAUACCUACUGCGUUCAGCUGGAUUUUCCUUUGGGAAGGAGGUGAAAGCCAAGACCAAAAAUACCCACAAAAACCGGAAUUGAACAAGCACUUUUAACAGUAUCAAACAAAGAUAAGGCAUGUCAAUUUUGGAAGCACAUCCAAACACAAAGAAACACCCACACGCCACUUUCCUUCUCCCUGAGAGUACUUGAUACAGCCUCUUAUCUGGUAACCAGGAAAUUACUUCAUGGCGUAAUAUACAGACUACUCUCUUCAACUCCAGCAGCAACCAAUCAAAAUGCAUUAUAGCCCGAGCCACGGUGAUUGUCGCCUAGCGAUUUCAUGAAUAGAGGAUUGAUUUGAAAUUAUUAAAUGCCUUUCUUCAGAUCAUUUUAAGCUUGAACACCAGAACCAGUUUUGGUGGGACUAAAGGUUUAAUGAGCAGAAAACUGUUAGUUGAACACGUGCACUUUCAUUCAUGCUCUCCUACCGAUGACACUAAAGCUGUUUCUUUUUAUUACAUUUUACAUCAAAUUAUGCUGUAAUAUAAAGUCACGGACUCACGGACAGUGUUAUGAUAAAAGUUGCUGUUAAAAGGAGUACGCAAGUUAUUCCUAUUCAUAUCAGAAUAAGAGAUAUCAGCAAUUUACUUUAAGACGUAGUUCACCCAAAAUUGAAAUUUCUGUUUUAUUAUUUACUCACCCUCAUAAUGUUCUAUUAUGAAUGCUUUUCAUUCAACCAUUCAACCAUUGUUUAACUCUUUUUAGUAAUUUCACUGAAUGAGGACUUGUGCUGGUCAGGAUUUAAAGGAGACCUGUUAUGUCCCUUAUUACAAUAUGUAAUAUAAGUCUCAGGAGACCCCAGAAUUUGUCUGUGAAGUUUCAGCU